UACACCUCACCACACCAGAUCAUUUAAUUCUCUCAAUUUAAAAAUCGCCACUUUCACAUUAAACGUCCCAAACAGUUUCAAAAAAACAGAACCAUGGCAACGUCGUCGUUUGACCAUUCUUCUUCUCCGGUGACACUUCCAUCGUUUCUCCUCCUCUUCCUCGCCGUAUACCUCAUCGGCUAUUUCAUAAUUUUUCGGUCAUGGAAAUUAUCAUCACAUUUAGGAGCUAGCUGCUUAAUGUCACUCUUCCACGGCACUCCCGCCGUCGUAAUGGCUUCUCACGCGCUUUUAACAACCCCACGCGCCGCCGUUCACUCAUUUGCUUCACCCAACACUGCCGUGGAAUCAACCGUGCUCGACUUCAGCAUGGCUUAUUUCACCGUCGAUCUCUUCCACUACCUAAUCUUCCUCCCUAAUGACUUCAUCUUCAUCCUACACCACAUGGCGACGCUCUACGUCUUCGCCACGUGUCGGUUCGCCGUCGGUCAUGGAGCUCACGCGCUUCUCCUGCUCUUGGUCCUCGCGGAGGUGACGAGCGCAUGUCAGAACGUUUGGACGAUCACCGGGUAUAGGAAACACGACGUCGUUAUGGCGAGGAGAGUGAGGGAGCUAUUGUCUCCGCCCUUUUACUUGUUUUACACUCUUGUUCGUGGACUAGCUGGUCCGGUGGCUUUGUACGAUAUGGCGGCGUUUUACGUCAGUGGUGCGGCCGAGGGAGCGGUUCCACGGUGGGCUUGGUUGUCGUGGCUUGUUGUGAUUGGGGUUGCUAUUGUGGUUAGUGUUUUGUGGGUUUUACGUAAUUGGGUUGAUUGGUUUAGAGAGAAGAACAACUCUAACAAGAAAUCCAAAUGAAAUGAUUAAUAUUUUUCUUUUUUCGAACAAAAAGGUGAUAAUUGUUUGAUUGAAUAGAAAUCUUGAUUAAGUAAUGUUCAUACAAAUUUAUUUUGAUUGUAUUUUGUGUAAUGUUCUAUUAACAAUAUUGUAUUUUAU